UAUACUACCCAAACAACACCCAUAACACUCGCAUACCAGACUCACACAUCACUCUCACUACCACACACACACCCACCGCCGCCAUCAUGCAUCGCACAUACUCCAUGCGCCAGUCGCGCGCGCCGACUGCCUCGCAGAUCCAGAACCCACCGCCGCCAUCGUCCUCCACCAAGGGCGGUCGCCUCUUCGGCAAAGCCAGCAUUGGCCACACGUUCCGCAAGUCCGUUCACCCCGGUGCUUUCGGCCCUGACCUCGCGAAGAAGCUCUCGCAGCUCGUGAAGAUGGAGAAGAACGUCAUGCGAUCAAUGGAGUUGGUCGGCAGGGAGCGAAUGGAGGUCGCACAACAACUUUCCAUCUGGGGAGAGGGAUGCGACGAUGACGUCUCCGACGUGACCGACAAGCUCGGCGUGCUCAUCUACGAGAUUGGUGAGCUUGAGGACCAAUUCGUCGACCGCUACGACCAGUACCGUGUGACCAUCAAGUCUAUUCGCAACAUUGAGGCUUCCGUCCAGCCAAGCAGAGAUCGCAAGCAGAAGAUCACCGAUCAGAUCGCCCAGCUCAAGUACAAGGAGCCCAACAGCCCCAAGAUUGUCGUCCUCGAGCAGGAGCUUGUCCGUGCUGAGGCCGAGUCCCUCGUCGCCGAGGCCCAACUCUCCAACAUCACCCGCGAGAAGCUCAAGGCUGCCUUCACCUACCAAUUCGAUGCUCUCCGCGAGCACAGCGAGAAGAUGGCCAUUGUCGCCGGCUUCGGAAAGCACCUUCUCGAGCUCGUCGACGAUUCGCCCGUCACUCCCGGCGAGACCCGCAACGCCUACGACGGCUACGAGGCCUCCAAGGCCAUCAUCCAGGACUGCGAGGAUGCUCUCACCAACUGGGUCGAGCAGAAUGCCGCCGUCAGCUCCAAGCUCUCCACCCGCACCCGCACCCUCUCGCAACGUCGCCGUAACCAGUCCGCUGGCCACGACCUCUCCGGUCAGGACCAGGACCGUGAGUCUGGCAUGUGGGUCCCCGCCGACCAGCACCGUGGUGAUCAAGAGUACGAUGACGAGGAGGACACUUCCGUGCGCGGUCGCGAGGAGGAGCGUGCCGUCGCAUAAGCGGAGGAAAUCGCGAAGACGAUGAUGCAGAAGGAGAAUCGGCUUUGAUCUUUUUCUCUCUCUUGGACACAAACACAUCCCACCACUCACCCCAUCCAGCUUUAUACCCUAGGCAAUGCGAGGCGCGGCGAAGAAAGGAGUCAGCGGUAACACUGUACGGCUAAGGAAUCACAGGCAGUCGGACGAGUUAAUGAGGAGGAGUGUCAUCUGUAGGAUGAUAUGUAUACAAAAUUAAUGUGUUGUUUGACCAG